GUCAAUGGUUUUUUGUUGUUUACAUUUUGCUUUAGCAUUUUCUACAAAUUUUAGCUAAUCUAAUGAGAUUUUGAUCUUUAGGAUACAUGGAUAUUAGUAAAUAAAUUGAUAAACAAGUGCUUAAAAGUCGAACAUAUGAAAAUCAUGCCAGUUGAACUUAACAGUCUUACGGAAGGAUGGCUGGAGCUCGAAAGUGAUCCCGGCUUAUUUACAUUAUUACUAGAAGAUUUCGGUGUUAAAGGUGUUCAAGUGGAAGAAAUAUAUGAUCUACAUAAGCCGCUAGAAAGCCCCGUGUACGGCUUUAUAUUUUUGUUCCGGUGGAUAGAAGAGAGACGCUCGCGUAGAAAAUUUGUCGAGCAGACUGAAAGCUUUGUUCGCGAUGAGGAGACAAUCAACAAUAUAUUCUUUGCACAACAAAUGGUGCCUAAUAGUUGUGCAACGCAUGCUUUACUAUCUAUAUUAUUGAAUUGCCCAAACUUGCAUUUAGGUGAAACAUUAAGUAGACUGAAGCAUCACACAAUUGGCAUGAAUCCUGAAAACAAAGGCUGGGCCAUUGGAAAUACACCAGAACUGGCAUGUGCUCAUAACUCCCAUGCAAUACCACAAGCUCGCAAGAAGACUGAUAAGAAUAUUGGUCUUUCAACAGGGAGAUUUACAGGUGAAGCUUACCAUUUUGUCAGUUUUGUGCCCAUAAAUGGUCAUCUAUUUGAACUAGAUGGUCUAAAGCCAUACCCAACAGACCAUGGGCCAUGGGCACUUGAUGAGGAUUGGACAGAAAAGUUCAGAAGAGUCAUGGUAGAAAGAUUGGGCAGAGAUGCUGGUGAACAGGUGCAUGAUAUAAGGUUCAAUUUGAUGGCAGUGGUUCCUGAUCGAAGACUUGCAUUGACACAAAAACUUAACGCCUUGGAAGUAAAUCAGAAGAGGGUCAAAGAAGCUAUAUCAAAAAUUAACAAACAUCUCCGUCAUUUACUUGGAAAGAAUAGAGAUAGUGAUGAAAUUAUACAAAAUGAGGGCAUGGAUGCUAGUAACGAAAAUUCUAUACAAAUUUCCGAAGAUGCAAUCCUUAAUGCACUGGAUGCUUCGGAAGUUGAGACAAUGGAUAUGGAUUAUACACAACCAAUAACUAUAGAACUUGGCCUUUUGGAUAGUACACAAGAAAGCAUUAUAUUAGCCCAACCAGCUGAACAAGGAAUAGCUACAAAGUUCGUAACUGUGGAUAAGGCGAAUCAAAUAUUUUCAGAGCUUCACCCAACACCAACUACAGUGCUCAUCAAAAGUAAUGACAUGAUUGUUCUCCUGUGUACUGAAGUAGCCCCGGAGCAGCCGUACAGAAUGAGGAAAUUGUUCUUUUCACUGCUUGAACUGAACUUGCUUAUGACAAAAGUCAUUGCAGAAAUACAGUCAUGUCAGCAGGCUCUGAAUGACGAGAAUGAUAAGAGGGACAUGUACAAAGUGGACGAGUGUCGUCGGACGCACAAUUACGACGAGUUCAUAUGCACGUUCCUCUCGAUGCUGGCGGAGCGGGGUGCGCUGGCGGAACUGGUGUCCGCUCAGCUCGAGCGGGGGCGGGAGCGCGCGCGCCGCCGCCGGCCGCGCCCGCACGCGAGACCACGCCCCCGCCCCAGGCCACGCCCCCGAGCCCGCAAAACGUAGAAUAAAAUAUGUGCGGUAAGAAAA